AUGAUGUCCACAACAACAGAUAGUGCUGUUAUCGAUCAUACUGCUAACGUACACUGCCAACAGAAUGCAAAUUAUGUUACACCAUCAAAGCAUGAUGUCUUUGUUCAUCAUGUUGAAUGCUUACGAGAUGGUGGCAUUCUGGAUCCCGAUGAUCAGCUUUUUGAUGUUUUUGAUGAGAAUAAUGAUCAGAUAUUAGCGAUCUACGACGAACCUGGCUUUACUGUAGUCGAUUCGUCUCCAGCAAGUGCCUCUCGAUUUGCCGUCAGCGGAACGACAUCUUCAAGUUCUUCAUCGGCAACCAGUAAAACCGCUGCAUCAACAGAAAGUCCGCUGGAUAGCAAAUUAAACAUCAUUUCAAGUUCCAGCGAUGGUGAUAUUGUUGAAAUAACGAACAUUGCUGUACCGCCGACUGAUGGUUUACGAGUGACCUCGGACAAUGCUCACACAUUGCAACAAAAGCCAUCCUCAUCCUCAGUUAUAACGGGUUCCGGAUCUCUCUCCGUUUCUCUGCACUCGCAUUCAGUGACACAUUUCGAUCGGAAACGUGGUGACACACCGAACAUGUGUCGUAUUUAUCAUUCUGCUUUGAAAAAUGUUAGCGGGUCACCGAAGAAUAAAUAUCGGGUUACUAUAUCUCCAGAUGUUGAUUGUCAACCAUCUCAGGAAUUGUCAACUUCUAUGAAAGAGUCAUUGAUGACUCGAACAUCCGCUAGGAAAUCACGUCUCACCGACAAUUUUUUCGAUGCUAAAGAACGAUUGGAAGAAAAAUUAGCAACUGGUAUUAAGAGUGGUAAAUUAGAUAUGAAAAUGCCGAAAUUAAUACCACCAAUGGAGGCAGCAAAUCGAGGACAAACGGUGAUUGUACUUUCAGAUGCCACAAUUAAUAUGCAUUUGGGUAUUGAGAUUUCACCCGUACAUGAUCCAACAAAUAAUAUGCGCCUGCAAGCUGUAGAGAUCCGACAAAUUGAUGAUAAAGGUAGGGUUGGCAGGGAUGGACGUCUUCGGAUUGGUGACCGCAUUGUAGAAAUCAAUCAACGUCCUGUCUAUCAGAUGUCGAUCUCAAGAGCGCGUGCUUAUUUACACGAAAUACAAGCAGUUCCUCAUCCAAGUCUGACAAUCGAUCGCUCCAUAGAAACGUUUGCAGGCGAUACAAUUUCUCAUCGCAGUCACUCAUCAACGAGCAGUUUGCAGAAGCGGCCAAUACUAUCUGCAUUGCAGCAAGCCAAUACAACAGCUCUUGGAAUAACAUUUCCAGUUGAAAUUGUUAAAAGAAGUGGCGGAUUUGGUUUUACCAUAACAAGUCGUGAAACGGCUAAAGGUGAACGACUAUUUUAUAUUGGAACUGUGAAAGCAGACGGUGCCGCGGUAAAUAAAUUGAGAGCUGGUGAUAGGUUACUGCAGAUUGAUGGCGAGAAAACAACUGAACUUACUCAAAAUGAUAUGGUCGAACGUCUCAAAAGAUUGGAUGUUGGUGAUUCAAUUAAUUUAUUGAUUUCGCGACUUGGAAGUCAGGAAAUUGAAAAUCAGAGUCCGACAGCAGCGAAAAAUAGUGAUGACGAUAGAGAGUGCUGUCAUCAGAAACGAGAGAAUGAAGGAACGGAACGAUAUGGAGAGGAGAUUUUGACGUUAAAAAUUGCUUUGAAUGAGACGGGAAGUGCCGGGUUGGGUAUAAGCUUGAAAGCAAGAGCAGUUAUGAAGCCUGACGGUACGCGUCAUGACUGUGGAAUAUUUAUCAAAAAGGUUCUGCAUGGUGGUGCUGCAUAUAAAGAUGGAAGAUUACAACUCAAUGAUCAGUUGAUUGGAAUCGAAGAUAUUGAUUUGAGACGAAUGAUGAAGAAUUCAGAGGCAAGCGAUGCUAUAACGAGAUGUUUGAAAAACAUAGGACCGAAUGCAAGUAGCGUGUGUUUACGUGUUGCAAGAAAAGUCGAGUUACGUCGCAGCAAUGAUUUACCGAAUAUAAAAAAUUCCGGAGAUGAAUCUUUGACUCUACAUUGUGAGAGUUCUGAAGUGCAUGACAGAUCUCAAGCAAUGUCCGAAGAUGGUGAUAAUGCGAUUAUAAAGAAAGAAGAAACGUCAAAUGGUUAUAAUGCUGAUGUGUCGAGACACCGACUUAGCAGUACGGAUGAGCGAUCAUUAAAUGCAAAUGAAGAUUUGGAUUUUACCUCAAGCAGUAGACAGAAGUGUAUAUCAGAAGAUGAAAUAAGCCAUGCCGAUAGCAAUGCUUUUAGCCGGAAAAAUCCUGCCAGAAGAUCGAUAUCAGAAAAGCGGCGUAUGGGUGUUGGGAAUGAUGCGAACAAUACAGUGCUUUUUCAGAAAAUUAAGCAUAGUCGCCAGAUGAGUGCUCCUCUUUUGCAUCGUUUCGUUCCGUUCGUUAGUCCAACACACCGAUCACUUGCGAUGUUCUCUUCACGGAGCGCAACAUCACUUCGAGAAAAGUGUCGCCGACGAAGUUUAGCAUCUCUUCGAUCCUCUGAUGAAAAAACUGUCACUGGAAAGUUUAUAGGAAAUCGUGAAAAAAUUACUCCUAUCGUAUCUGCUAAUUUCAUUAACAAUACUGGUAAUGUGGCUCUUUCAUUAUCAUCUCCCAAUCGUCGUUCAUUAAGCCUUGAAAGUAUGGAGGCUCACCGAUCACCAAUGCUGGCAAUUGCAUCAGCUCAUUCUGAUGUACCAGUCGUCCGAGAUGUUCGGGUGGAGCAAAUAGCAAGGCGAGGCCAUCCGAGCACUCUCAAACGAGCUCAAAAGUCUCGACCCAAUGGUUAUACGAAACCGUCCAUUUCCGAUGCAGAAGACCAAUCAUCUACCGAGAGAAAUGGGAAUGAAUCUUAUGGUUCAUUACCUCGAGAAAUUUCCACCACUUCCAAGGAAAAACAACAGCGAAGGAAAUCAGUAGGAAGUAGCAUAUUUUCAAAGAUUACUCAGAGACUCGGUGGUUCGAGAUCGCGUGACACAUCUCCAGAAAAGUCGGUAUCAUUCGACAUUGCUGAAAGCAACUCUUUCAAGGAGAAGACAAAUAAAACGCAGGAUCAUCGAAAGUGGAACAAAGAAAUCAAAAGUAAUCAGUCGAUUCGCAGAGCACCGCCACCGUACAAGCCAUCAUCUUCGUGUGAUAUUUUGCAAUCAGCGGACUCUGAUUACUACAUGAACGAUGUUCCUGGAACGCAUAAAACAGAAAUUGUUUGCAGCGGAGAGGAAUUACCCGCCAAUGGCUACAUACGGGUUGCAAAUUCAAAGUUCUACAAUAGCUUUAUUGAGAGGAGCAAAAUGCACCCAGAAAUUCACCGCUUGACUGCAAUCAGGCAGCAGUCUACAACAAUGAAUGCAAUAGCGGAAAAGGAAGAAAUCGCCAAGCAAGAAACGGAUGUGGUAAUGAAUUAUACACGCAAUUCCAUCAAAAACAGCAACAACAACGACAGCAAUAUACAAUCUAUCCGCAACAUUGUUACGAAGGACGACGUGAACAACAGCAACAACGCAUGGCGUAUUACACGGGAUGCAGUACCGACUAUUACGAUGUUUUCAAUGCCUGGUUUGCGUACAGUGCAGCAACCGCAUGCGGAAAUAUACCAUUCGUUACAAGAGGAAGAAGCGGAUAUCCGUCCCAGCACACCUACUUUUCCGCAGCAGAAACAGUAUCACCAAAUAGACCACCGAUGCGACAAAUUCACCAUGAAAGAUUCCGGUCGUGUCCAACUCAGUUUUUCUCGUCAGGAAUGCGAACGAGACAGAGUAUUGAAAGGGCUGGUCCCUACUACGCAACCGGCUAUGCCUCCCAUUCCGGCCGUAUUUCCGACUUCUAGAACUUUUUUCUUUGCAUCUUCCACACGGACGUCAGGACAUCGAACAAAUGAUUCACAGGCAGGAGCUCGUUCCAGUUUACGAAAUCGUGCUAAAUCAAUUUUUACCCCAUCGUCCAAAGAACAUAUAUUGGCUGAGAACAUUGUAAACCAACCAAGAAGUUCUUUGAAGUCUCAAACAUCUGAACACUCCUACCAGAAUCAGCAACAGCCAUUACGGAGUUCCAUUUCUCGAGAGCCGCUCUUGCUAUGUUCCCGUCAGCCCCAACAAAAACAAUCUUCCGACCCUUCUCUCCCUUCCUCUCCUCAUUCGAAGACAUCUGUUCCUUCAGUGCCGCACUCACCUAAAAGUUUUGACGAAACAACUCUUUCAUCUCCAACUUAUUUGCAAGCAUUGCUAGAAUCACCAGGAAGAAAUUGCAAAGAUGUUAGUAUGAUCAAUGUUCCGAAACCAAUCAAAUAUAUCAAAAUUCAUUACGGACGACCAUCUCAUCCAUCAUCUCCCAAACAACAGCCAUUGCGAACUCGAACUAUAAAUAUUCGUUCUUCGAAUAAUAAUUCAUUUCAGCAAGAUCAACAAGAAACUGCAGAUGAGUUUGAUUAUCGGAAGUAUCUUCGAUCAAAGCGUCGAAAUCGUUUAAAUGAUCGGGAACAGCGGAUAACGCUUAUUGCAACGGUACCUGACGAAACGAUCUUUGUGAGAGGAACUGGGACUUGUCGUACUCCUCGUCCCAGCACCUUGUAUGACGUUACCAAUAAUAGUUAG